CCCCUGAGUCAAGUUGCAUUGGAUGGGCAGAGACAGAAAGGGAGACUACGGCCACUCCCUUCUACACCUCCCGUUACCUCCCGCCCUCUAUUCCUCCCUUUAUCCAAGACCAGUAGCCCUACCCGUUCGCACGUCCAACCAUUCUGCAUCGCCCGGAGCAACAGCCACGCAGACCAGAAAAAAAAAAGGCAACACGCACUCUCUAAGGGGAGAGAGUGAGAAGGGAGGGGAGAGAGAAAAACGCCCUGGACACGGAGGGAGACUCGGGUUGAUAGAGAAAGACAAGUAUUUUAGAAGUGAGAAAGAACGUUUGAUUGGGAAGAAGAAGACGUGCUUUUAUCGACUGCUGGGACAGCAGGAGGGGAAGAGGACAUUGCCAACGAUGCUCAAGUUGCUGUGUUGAAGUUGUUGCAGCUCAGACUGCUCAGACAAACAGGAAGCAAAGAGACAGAGCCCUUGGCCUUGCUUGAGCAAUCCAAAGCACUAAAACCAAGGCAGAAACAAACCACACCAGAACAUAGGCAAAGGACAAGGAAAAACAAAGGAUGGCUGAAGAGGAGGAAACCAGGGAGGUGCUCUUCUCUGACUGGUCGGGUCCAGAGAAACAGGGAAUGACCCUUGAGCAGUCAGGUGAAGGAGAGAUCUAUGUCAAAGAGGUGAAAAUGGAGUCGCCUGCUGGACGCACUGGAAGAGUACACGAGGGUGAUCAAAUUGUGGGUGCCACCAUCUAUUUUGACAACAUGAGCUCCGAGGAGACAGCGGAGCUCCUCAAGACCUUAAACAAACACAAGGUUGGACUGAAACUACAGAACAAGGACAAGUCACCAUGCCGCUCCCCCAUGGGCACUCUGUCACCCAGCCGAUCCCCAAUGGGCACUCUGACGUAUGAAGGGAAGGGAAGGUUUGGAGGCUCCAGCCAAGGCAGUAUCCUGAGUGGGGAGGAUGAAGAUUACAAGAGAAUAUAUUCCAAGAAGAUUAAGCCCCGACUGAAGUCUGAGGAUCUGGCUGAGGGCGUGGACAUCCAUACGGAACGCCACAGCAGCACCAGCACCGACGGCAGCACGAUCACCACCGUCACCCGUCGCAUCACUACCUACUCUGUGGACAUGCCAGGGGGCGUGGACGAGCAGCUUGAGCUCACCGGGCCAGAGUUCAAAGGGCAACGGUACGAGCAGUCAGGAGGGGGCAGCUCGUCUCAAAUCCGAGUUUUACACGGAAGCUCUUCAGGUGUAGGAGGUGGAUUGGAGGGGGGUGAUUUUGAACUAGGAGGUGAUGGUGUUUCCUUCACUGGGCCGCAUGUAACUAGCUCUUCUGAGAAGCACUGGAGCACUGGAGGGGUGAAGACCACCACUGUAACGAGGGAGAUAGAGGGCGGAGAUGGUGGAGCAGCAGGGAUCAGAUUCAAAGGACCUAGCUUUGGAAUGUCGGGGGUGAAGGGUCAGCGGGAGUUCGGCCUCUAUAGAGGGGGUCAGCAGGGGGAGCAGGGGGGCUUUCAGGUUUCAGGUGACUCAGCUGACUACCAGGCAGGAUCAGUCAAUGUCACGGCACCAACAACAAAUAUUUCCUCCAGCUCCAUAACAAUGGGUAAAGGGGAGGUGAGAGGAGUAGACGUUCAUUUGCCUGGUAGAGGCAGUGCAGACUGGCAGGGUAGGGUCGGAGGUUCAGUACCUGGAAUAACUAUUAGUGAUCAACAGGUGAGAGGGUCUGGGAGCGUAGGUCACUCCGGAGGCAACCAGGGUGGGGUUUCCUUACCCAGCAUGCCAGGCAUUGAUGCAGGGUUGAAUGGAGGCAAGAUAUCAACAGACAUAAGAGCGCAAACACUUGACAUCAAUAACCCAGGCAUAAAGGAGUCUGGCUCAGUGAAAACGUCUGUAAAAGGACCAUCGGUAAAAGGAACAACCAUUGAAAAUGAAAGCAAACUCAAAGGUGGCUUCAAAAUGCCAUCAUUUGGACUGAACAUUGCAGGUACAGAAAGCGAUGGAGAUGUUAAACUACCGAAGGUGAAGGGUAGUGUAGAUGUUUCGGUUCCCGGGGUAGAUGUAGAUGUAUCAGCCCCAUCGAUGAAUGUUAAAGAAGGAAAAAAGAUAGGUGGUAUUGAUAUCAAAGCACCUAAAGUAGACAUUAAAGUUUCAAGUGUUGAUGUUCAUGAUCCAGAAGGAGGUUUCAAGAUACCCAAAGUAAAGAUACCAUCAUUUGGAAUCAAAGAAGCGGGACGUGAGGGUCCUUAUGUGGAUGUCAACCUACCAAAAACCGACAUUGACAUCAAGCCUCCCAAAGUAGAAAUUAAAGGUCCAGAACUGGACAUUGAAGGUCCAGAUGGUAAAAUCAAAGGGUCAAAAUUCAAGAUGCCGACAACAUCCGGACCAAACAUCUCAAUGCCCGAUGUGGACUUCAACCUGAAAGGUCCAAAGAUGAAAGGAGAUUUUGAUGUGUCAGGGCCCAAGAUAGAAGGAGACCUCAAAUCACCCAAAGUAGACAUUAAAGGUCCAGAACUUGACAUUGAAGGUUCAGGAGGAUUUAAGAUGCCAAAGAUGAAGAUGCCGUCUUUUGGAAUCAAAGGUCCUAAACUGGAGGGUCCAGAUGUGGAUGUCAAACUACCUAAAGGUGACAUUGAAAUAAAGGGACCCAACGUUGACAUCAAAGGUCCAGAACUGGACAUUGAAGGUCCAGAUGGAAAAAUCAAGGGCCCACAAUUCAAGAUGCCUUCCAUAUCAGGACCAAAGAUCUCAAUGCCUGACAUGGACAUCAAUCUUAAAGGGCCAAAGAUGAAGGGUGAUGUGAAUGUGUCAGUGCCAAAGAUAAAAGGAGAUACAACAGCGCCCAAAGUAGAAAUUGAAGGUCCAGAUGUUGACAUUGAAGGUUCAGGAGGAUUUAAGAUGCCAAAGAUGAAGAUGCCAUCAUUUGGAUUCAAAGGUCCUAAAUUGGAGGGUCCAGAUGUUGAUGUUAACCUACCAAAAGCUGAUAUAGACAUCAAAGCGCCAAAAGCGGACAUUAAAGGUCCAGAAAUUGACAUUGAAGGCCCUGAUGGUAAAAUCAAAGGGCCGAAAUUCAAGAUGCCGUCAAUGUCAGGACCAAAGAUCUCCAUGCCUGAUGUGGACUUCAAUCUGAAAGGUCCCAAGAUGAAGGGAGAUGUUGAUAUGUCAGGAGAACUUAAAGCACCCAAAGUAGACAUUGAAGGUCCAGAUCUUGACAUUGAAGGUCCAGAUGGAAAAAUCAAAGGGCCAAAAUUCAAGAUGCCAUCAAUAUCAGGACCAAAGAUCUCUAUGCCUGAUGUGGAUUUCAACCUAAAAGGUUCAAAGAUGAAGGGAGAUUUCGACGUGUCAGGGCCCAAGAUAGAAGGAGACCUCAAAGCACCCAAAGUAGACAUAGAGGGGCCAGAUCUUGACAUUGAAGGUUCAGGAGGAUUUAAGAUGCCAAAGAUGAAGAUGCCAUCAUUUGGAUUCAAAGGUCCCAAACUGGAGGGUCCAGAUGUUGAUGUUAACCUGCCAACAGCUGAUAUAGACAUCAAAGCGCCCAAAGUGGACAUUAAAGGUCCAGAACUGGACAUUGAAGGUUCAGGAGGAUUUAAGAUGCCAAAGAUGAAGAUGCCGUCUUUUGGAAUCAAAGGUCCUGAAUUGGAGGGUCCAGAUGUGGAUGUCAAACUACCUAAAGGUGACAUUGAAAUAAAGGGACCCAACGUUGACAUCAAAGGUCCAGAACUGGACAUUGAAGGCCCUGAUGGAAAAAUCAAGGGCCCACAAUUCAAGAUUCCUUCCAUAUCAGGACCAAAGAUCUCAAUGCCUGACAUGGACAUCAAUCUUAAAGGGCCAAAGAUGAAGGGUGAUGUGAAUGUGUCAGUGCCAAAGAUAAAAGGAGAUACAACAGCGCCCAAAGUAGACAUUGAAGGUCCAGAUGUUGACAUUGAAGGUUCAGGAGGAUUUAAGAUGCCAAAGAUGAAGAUGCCAUCAUUUGGAUUCAAAGGUCCUAAAUUGGAGGGUGCAGAUGUUGAUGUUAACCUGCCAACAGCUGAUAUAGACAUCAAAUCGCCCAAAGUGGACAUUAAAGGUCCAGAACUUGACAUUGAAGGUUCAGGAGGAUUUAAGAUGCCAAAGAUGAAGAUGCCGUCUUUCGGAUUUAAAGGUCCUAAAUUGGAGGGUCCAGAUGUUGAUGUUAACCUACCAAAAGCUGAUAUAGACAUCAAAGCGCCAAAAGUGGACAUCAAAGGUCCAGAACUGGACAUUGAAGGCCCUGAUGGUAAAAUCAAAGGGCCGAAAUUCAAGAUGCCGUCAAUGUCAGGACCAAAGAUCUCCAUGCCUGAUGUGGACUUCAAUCUGAAAGGUCCCAAGAUGAAGGGAGAUGUUGAUAUGUCAGGAGAACUUAAAGCACCCAAAGUAGACAUUGAAGGUCCAGAUCUUGACAUUGAAGGUCCAGAUGGAAAAAUCAAAGGGCCAAAAUUCAAGAUGCCAACAAUAUCAGGACCGAAGAUCUCCAUGCCUGAUAUGGACUUCAAUCUGAAAGGUCCCAAGAUGAAGGGAGAUGUUGAUAUGUCAGGAGAACUUAAAGCACCCAAAGUAGACAUUGAAGGUCCAGAUCUUGAAAUUGAAGGUCCAGAUGGAAAAAUCAAAGGGCCAAAAUUCAAGAUGCCAUCAAUUUCAGGACCGAAGAUCUCCAUGCCCGAUGUGGACUUCAAUCUGAAAGGUCCAAAGAUGAAAGGAGAUAUCGAUGUUUCAGGGCCCAAGAUAGAAGGAGACCUCAAAGCACCCAAAGUAGACAUAGAGGGGCCAGAUCUUGACAUUGAAGGUUCAGGAGGAUUUAAGAUGCCAAAGAUGAAGAUGCCAUCAUUUGGAUUCAAAGGUCCUAAAUUGGAGGGUGCAGAUGUUGAUGUUAACCUGCCAACAGCUGAUAUAGACAUCAAAUCGCCCAAAGUGGACAUUAAAGGUCCAGAACUUGACAUUGAAGGUUCAGGAGGAUUUAAGAUGCCAAAGAUGAAGAUGCCGUCUUUCGGAUUUAAAGGUCCUAAAUUGGAGGGUCCAGAUGUUGAUGUUAACCUACCAAAAGCUGAUAUAGACAUCAAAGCGCCAAAAGUGGACAUCAAAGGUCCAGAACUGGACAUUGAAGGCCCUGAUGGUAAAAUCAAAGGGCCGAAAUUCAAGAUGCCGUCAAUGUCAGGACCAAAGAUCUCCAUGCCUGAUGUGGACUUCAAUCUGAAAGGUCCCAAGAUGAAGGGAGAUGUUGAUAUGUCAGGAGAACUUAAAGCACCCAAAGUAGACAUUGAAGGUCCAGAUCUUGACAUUGAAGGUCCAGAUGGAAAAAUCAAAGGGCCAAAAUUCAAGAUGCCAACAAUAUCAGGACCGAAGAUCUCCAUGCCUGAUAUGGACUUCAAUCUGAAAGGUCCCAAGAUGAAGGGAGAUGUUGAUAUGUCAGGAGAACUUAAAGCACCCAAAGUAGACAUUGAAGGUCCAGAUCUUGAAAUUGAAGGUCCAGAUGGAAAAAUCAAAGGGCCAAAAUUCAAGAUGCCAUCAAUUUCAGGACCGAAGAUCUCCAUGCCCGAUGUGGACUUCAAUCUGAAAGGUCCAAAGAUGAAAGGAGAUAUCGAUGUUUCAGGGCCCAAGAUAGAAGGAGACCUCAAAGCACCCAAAGUAGACAUAGAGGGGCCAGAUCUUUACAUUGAAGGUUCAGGAGGAUUUAAGAUGCCAAAGAUGAAGAUGCCAUCAUUUGGAUUCAAAGGUCCUAAAUUGGAGGGUGCAGAUGUUGAUGUUAACCUGCCAACAGCUGAUAUAGACAUCAAAUCGCCCAAAGUGGACAUUAAAGGUCCAGAACUUGACAUUGAAGGUUCAGGAGGAUUUAAGAUGCCAAAGAUGAAGAUGCCGUCUUUCGGAUUUAAAGGUCCUAAAUUGGAGGGUCCAGAUGUUGAUGUUAACCUACCAAAAGCUGAUAUAGACAUCAAAGCGCCAAAAGUGGACAUCAAAGGUCCAGAACUGGACAUUGAAGGCCCUGAUGGUAAAAUCAAAGGGCCGAAAUUCAAGAUGCCGUCAAUGUCAGGACCAAAGAUCUCCAUGCCUGAUGUGGACUUCAAUCUGAAAGGUCCCAAGAUGAAGGGAGAUGUUGAUAUGUCAGGAGAACUUAAAGCACCCAAAGUAGACAUUGAAGGUCCAGAUCUUAACAUUGAAGGUCCAGAUGGAAAAAUCAAAGGGCCAAAAUUCAAGAUGCCGUCAAUAUCAGGACCGAAGAUCUCCAUGCCUGAUAUGGACUUCAAUCUGAAAGGUCCCAAGAUGAAGGGAGAUGUUGAUAUGUCAGGAGAACUUAAAGCACCCAAAGUAGACAUUGAAGGUCCAGAUCUUGAAAUUGAAGGUCCAGAUGGAAAAAUCAAAGGGCCAAAAUUCAAGAUGCCAUCAAUUUCAGGACCGAAGAUCUCCAUGCCUGAUGUGGACUUCAAUCUGAAAGGUCCAAAGAUGAAAGGAGAUAUCGAUGUUUCAGGGCCCAAGAUAGAAGGAGACCUCAAAGCACCCAAAGUAGACAUUGAAGGGCCAGAUGUUGACAUUGAAGGUUCAGGAGGAUUUAAGAUGCCAAAGAUGAAGAUGCCAUCAUUUGGAUUCAAAGGUCCUAAAUUGGAGGGUGCAGAUGUUGAUGUUAACCUGCCAACAGCUGAUAUAGACAUCAAAUCGCCCAAAGUGGACAUUAAAGGUCCAGAACUUGACAUUGAAGGUUCAGGAGGAUUUAAGAUGCCAAAGAUGAAGAUGCCGUCUUUCGGAUUUAAAGGUCCUAAAUUGGAGGGUCCAGAUGUUGAUGUUAACCUACCAAAAGCUGAUAUAGACAUCAAAGCGCCAAAAGUGGACAUCAAAGGUCCAGAACUGGACAUUAAAGGCCCUGAUGGUAAAAUCAAAGGGCCGAAAUUCAAGAUGCCGUCAAUGUCAGGACCAAAGAUCUCCAUGCCUGAUGUGGACUUCAAUCUGAAAGGUCCCAAGAUGAAGGGAGAUGUUGAUAUGUCAGGAGAACUUAAAGCACCCAAAGUAGACAUUGAAGGUCCAGAUCUUAACAUUGAAGGUCCAGAUGGAAAAAUCAAAGGGCCAACAUUCAAGAUGCCAUCAAUUUCAGGACCGAAGAUCUCCAUGCCUGAUGUGGACUUCAAUCUGAAAGGUCCAAAGAUGAAAGGAGAUUUCGAUGUGUCAGGGCCCAAGAUAGAAGGAGACCUCAAAGCACCCAAAGUAGACAUUGAAGGUCCAAAUGUUGACAUUGAAGGUUCAGGAGGAUUUAAGAUGCCAAAGAUGAAGAUGCCAUCAUUUGGAUUCAAAGGUCCUAAAUUGGAGGGUGCAGAUGUUGAUGUUAACCUGCCAACAGCUGAUAUAGACAUCAAAUCGCCCAAAGUGGACAUUAAAGGUCCAGAACUUGACAUUGAAGGUUCAGGAGGAUUUAAGAUGCCAAAGAUGAAGAUGCCGUCUUUCGGAUUUAAAGGUCCUAAAUUGGAGGGUCCAGAUGUUGAUGUUAACCUACCAAAAGCUGAUAUAGACAUCAAAGCGCCAAAAGUGGACAUCAAAGGUCCAGAACUGGACAUUGAAGGCCCUGAUGGUAAAAUCAAAGGGCCGAAAUUCAAGAUGCCGUCAAUGUCAGGACCAAAGAUCUCCAUGCCUGAUGUGGACUUCAAUCUGAAAGGUCCCAAGAUGAAGGGAGAUAUUGAUAUGUCAGGAGAACUUAAAGCACCCAAAGUAGACAUUGAAGGUCCAGAUCUUGACAUUGAAGGUCCAGAUGGAAAAAUCAAAGGGCCAAAAUUCAAGAUGCCAUCAAUUUCAGGACCGAAGAUCUCCAUGCCUGAUGUGGAUUUCAACCUAAAAGGUCCAAAGAUGAAGGGAGAUUUCGACGUGUCAGGGCCCAAGAUAGAAGGAGACCUCAAAGCACCCAAAGUAGACAUAGAGGGGCCAGAUCUUGACAUUGAAGGUUCAGGAGGAUUUAAGAUGCCAAAGAUGAAGAUGCCAUCAUUUGGAUUCAAAGGUCCUAAAUUGGAGGGUGCAGAUGUUGAUGUUAACCUGCCAACAGCUGAUAUAGACAUCAAAUCGCCUAAAGUGGACAUUAAAGGUCCAGAACUUGACAUUGAAGGUUCAGGAGGAUUUAAGAUGCCAAAGAUGAAGAUGCCGUCUUUCGGAUUUAAAGGUCCUAAAUUGGAGGGUCCAGAUGUUGAUGUUAACCUACCAAAAGCUGAUAUAGACAUCAAAGCGCCAAAAGUGGACAUCAAAGGUCCAGAACUGGACAUUGAAGGCCCUGAUGGUAAAAUCAAAGGGCCGAAAUUCAAGAUGCCGUCAAUGUCAGGACCAAAGAUCUCCAUGCCUGAUGUGGACUUCAAUCUGAAAGGUCCCAAGAUGAAGGGAGAUGUUGAUAUGUCAGGAGAACUUAAAGCACCCAAAGUAGACAUUGAAGGUCCAGAUCUUAACAUUGAAGGUCCAGAUGGAAAAAUCAAAGGGCCAAAAUUCAAGAUGCCGUCAAUAUCAGGACCGAAGAUCUCCAUGCCUGAUAUGGACUUCAAUCUGAAAGGUCCCAAGAUGAAGGGAGAUGUUGAUAUGUCAGGAGAACUUAAAGCACCCAAAGUAGACAUUGAAGGUCCAGAUCUUAACAUUGAAGGUCCAGAUGGAAAAAUCAAAGGGCCAAAAUUCAAGAUGCCAUCAAUUUCAGGACCGAAGAUCUCCAUGCCUGAUGUGGAUUUCAACCUAAAAGGUCCAAAGAUGACGGGAGAUUUCGACGUGUCAGGGCCCAAGAUAGAAGGAGACCUCAAAGCACCCAAAGUAGACAUAGAGGGGCCAGAUCUUGACAUUGAAGGUUCAGGAGGAUUUAAGAUGCCAAAGAUGAAGAUGCCAUCAUUUGGAUUCAAAGGUCCUAAAUUGGAGGGUGCAGAUGUUGAUGUUAACCUGCCAACAGCUGAUAUAGACAUCAAAUCGCCCAAAGUGGACAUUAAAGGUCCAGAACUUGACAUUGAAGGUUCAGGAGGAUUUAAGAUGCCAAAGAUGAAGAUGCCGUCUUUCGGAUUUAAAGGUCCUAAAUUGGAGGGUCCAGAUGUUGAUGUUAACCUACCAAAAGCUGAUAUAGACAUCAAAGCGCCAAAAGUGGACAUCAAAGGUCCAGAACUGGACAUUGAAGGCCCUGAUGGUAAAAUCAAAGGGCCGAAAUUCAAGAUGCCGUCAAUGUCAGGACCAAAGAUCUCCAUGCCUGAUGUGGACUUCAAUCUGAAAGGUCCCAAGAUGAAGGGAGAUGUUGAUAUGUCAGGAGAACUUAAAGCACCCAAAGUAGACAUUGAAGGUCCAGAUCUUAACAUUGAAGGUCCAGAUGGAAAAAUCAAAGGGCCAAAAUUCAAGAUGCCGUCAAUAUCAGGACCGAAGAUCUCCAUGCCUGAUAUGGACUUCAAUCUGAAAGGUCCCAAGAUGAAGGGAGAUGUUGACAUGUCAGGAGAACUUAAAGCACCCAAAGUAGACAUUGAAGGUCCAGAUCUUAACAUUGAAGGUCCAGAUGGAAAAAUCAAAGGGCCAAAAUUCAAGAUGCCAUCAAUUUCAGGACCGAAGAUCUCCAUGCCUGAUGUGGAUUUCAACCUAAAAGGUCCAAAGAUGAAGGGAGAUUUCGACGUGUCAGGGCCCAAGAUAGAAGGAGACCUCAAAGCACCCAAAGUAGACAUAGAGGGGCCAGAUCUUGACAUUGAAGGUUCAGGAGGAUUUAAGAUGCCAAAGAUGAAGAUGCCAUCAUUUGGAUUCAAAGGUCCUAAAUUGGAGGGUGCAGAUGUUGAUGUUAACCUGCCAACAGCUGAUAUAGACAUCAAAUCGCCCAAAGUGGACAUUAAAGGUCCAGAACUUGACAUUGAAGGUUCAGGAGGAUUUAAGAUGCCAAAGAUGAAGAUGCCGUCUUUCGGAUUUAAAGGUCCUAAAUUGGAGGGUCCAGAUGUUGAUGUUAACCUACCAAAAGCUGAUAUAGACAUCAAAGCGCCAAAAGUGGACAUCAAAGGUCCAGAACUGGACAUUGAAGGCCCUGAUGGUAAAAUCAAAGGGCCGAAAUUCAAGAUGCCGUCAAUGUCAGGACCAAAGAUCUCCAUGCCUGAUGUGGACUUCAAUCUGAAAGGUCCCAACAUGAAGGGAGAUGUUGAUAUGUCAGGAGAACUUAAAGCACCCAAAGUAGACAUUGAAGGUCCAGAUCUUAACAUUGAAGGUCCAGAUGGAAAAAUCAAAGGGCCAAAAUUCAAGAUGCCGUCAAUAUCAGGACCGAAGAUCUCCAUGCCUGAUAUGGACUUCAAUCUGAAAGGUCCCAAGAUGAAGGGAGAUGUUGAUAUGUCAGGAGAACUUAAAGCACCCAAAGUAGACAUUGAAGGUCCAGAUCUUAACAUUGAAGGUCCAGAUGGAAAAAUCAAAGGGCCAAAAUUCAAGAUGCCAUCAAUUUCAGGACCGAAGAUCUCCAUGCCUGAUGUGGAUUUCAACCUAAAAGGUCCAAAGAUGACGGGAGAUUUCGACGUGUCAGGGCCCAAGAUAGAAGGAGACCUCAAAGCACCCAAAGUAGACAUAGAGGGGCCAGAUCUUGACAUUGAAGGUUCAGGAGGAUUUAAGAUGCCAAAGAUGAAGAUGCCAUCAUUUGGAUUCAAAGGUCCUAAAUUGGAGGGUGCAGAUGUUGAUGUUAACCUGCCAACAGCUGAUAUAGACAUCAAAUCGCCCAAAGUGGACAUUAAAGGUCCAGAACUUGACAUUGAAGGUUCAGGAGGAUUUAAGAUGCCAAAGAUGAAGAUGCCAUCAUUUGGAUUCAAAGGUCCUAAAUUGGAGGGUCCAGAUGUUGAUGUUAACCUACCAAAAGCUGAUAUAGACAUCAAAGCGCCAAAAGUGGACAUUAAAGGUCCAGAACUUGACAUUGAAGGCCCUGAUGGUAAAAUCAAAGGGCCGAAAUUCAAGAUGCCGUCAAUGUCAGGACCAAAGAUCUCCAUGCCUGAUGUGGACUUCAAUCUGAAAGGUCCCAAGAUGAAGGGAGAUGUUGAUAUGUCAGGAGAACUUAAAGCACCCAAAGUAGACAUCGAAGGUCCAGAUCUUGACAUUGAAGGUCCAGAUGGAAAAAUCAAAGGUCCAAAAUUCAAGAUGCCAUCAAUUUCAGGACCGAAGAUCUCCAUGCCUGAUGUGGAUUUCAACCUUAAAGGUCCAAAGAUGAAGGGAGAUUUCGACGUGUCAGGGCCCAAGAUAGAAGGAGACCUCAAAGCACCCAAAGUAGACAUAGAGGGGCCAGAUCUUGACAUUGAAGGUUCAGGAGGAUUUAAGAUGCCAAAGAUGAAGAUGCCAUCAUUUGGAUUCAAAGGUCCUAAAUUGGAGGGUCCAGAUGUUGAUGUUAACCUGCCAACAGCUGAUAUAGACAUCAAAGCGCCCAAAGUGGACAUUAAAGGUCCAGAACUUGACAUUGAAGGUUCAGGAGGAUUUAAGAUGCCAAAGAUGAAGAUGCCGUCUUUCGGAUUCAAAGGUCCUAAAUUGGAGGGUCCAGAUGUUGAUGUUAACCUACCAAAAGCCGAUAUAGACAUCAAAGCGCCAAAAGUGGACAUUAAAGGUCCAGAGCUUGACAUUGAAGGCCCUGAUGGUAAAAUCAAAGGGCCGAAAUUCAAGAUGCCAUCAAUGUCAGGACCAAAGAUCUCCAUGCCUGAUGUGGACUUCAAUCUGAAAGGUCCCAAGAUGAAGGGAGAUGUUGAUAUGUCAGGAGAACUUAAAGCACCCAAAGUAGACAUUGAAGGUCCAGAUCUUGACAUUGAAGGUCCAGAUGGAAAAAUCAAAGGGCCAAAAUUCAAGAUGCCAUCAAUUUCAGGACCGAAGAUCUCCAUGCCUGAUGUGGAUUUCAACCUUAAAGGUCCAAAGAUGACGGGAGAUUUCGACGUGUCAGGGCCCAAGAUAGAAGGAGACCUCAAAGCACCCAAAGUAGACAUAGAGGGGCCAGAUCUUGACAUUGAAGGUUCAGGAGGAUUUAAGAUGCCAAAGAUGAAGAUGCCAUCAUUUGGAUUCAAAGGUCCUAAAUUGGAGGGUCCAGAUGUUGAUGUUAACCUGCCAACAGCUGAUAUAGACAUCAAAUCGCCCAAAGUGGACAUUAAAGGUCCAGAACUUGACAUUGAAGGUUCAGGAGGAUUUAAGAUGCCAAAGAUGAAGAUGCCGUCUUUCGGAUUCAAAGGUCCUAAAUUGGAGGGUCCCGAUGUUGAUGUUAACCUACCAAAAGCUGAUAUAGACAUCAAAGCGCCAAAAUUGGACAUUAAAGGUCCAGAACUUGACAUUGAAGGCCCUGAUGGUAAAAUCAAAGGGCCGAAAUUCAAGAUGCCGUCAAUGUCAGGACCAAAGAUCUCCAUGCCUGAUGUGGACUUCAAUCUGAAAGGUCCCAAGAUGAAGGGAGAUGUUGAUAUGUCAGGAGAACUUAAAGCACCCAAAGUAGACAUUGAAGGUCCAGAUCUUGACAUUGAAGGUCCAGAUGGAAAAAUCAAAGGGCCAAAAUUCAAGAUGCCAACAAUAUCAGGACCGAAGAUCUCCAUGCCUGAUAUGGACUUCAAUCUGAAAGGUCCCAAGAUGAAGGGAGAUGUUGAUAUGUCAGGAGAACUUAAAGCACCCAAAGUAGACAUUGAAGGUCCAGAUCUUGAAAUUGAAGGUCCAGAUGGAAAAAUCAAAGGGCCGAAAUUCAAGAUGCCGUCAAUGUCAGGACCGAAGAUCUCCAUGCCCGAUGUGGACUUCAAUCUGAAAGGUCCAAAGAUGAAAGGAGAUUUCGAUGUGUCAGGGCCCAAGAUAGAAGGAGACCUCAAAGCACCCAAAGUAGACAUAGAGGGGCCAGAUCUUGACAUUGAAGGUUCAGGUUUUAAGAUGCCAAAGAUGAAGAUGCCAUCAUUUGGAUUCAAAGGUCCUAAAUCGGAGGGUCCAGAUGUUGAUGUUAACCUGCCAACAGCUGAUAUAGACAUCAAAGCGCCCAAAGUGGACCUUAAAGGUCCAGAACUUGACAUUGAAGGUUCAGGAGGAUUUAAGAUGCCAAAGAUGAAGAUGCCGUCUUUUGGAUUCAAAGGUCCUAAAUUGGAGGGUCCAGAUGUUGAUGUUAACCUACCAAAAGCCGAUAUAGACAUCAAAGCGCCAAAAGUGGACAUUAAAGGUCCAGAACUUGACAUUGAAGGCCCUGAUGGUAAAAUCAAAGGGCCGAAAUUCAAGAUGCCGUCAAUGUCAGGACCAAAGAUCUCCAUGCCUGAUGUGGACUUCAAUCUGAAAGGUCCCAAGAUGAAGGGAGAUGUUGAUAUGUCAGGAGAACUUAAAGCACCCAAAGUAGACAUUGAAGGUCCAGAUCUUGACAUUGAAGGUCCAGAUGGAAAAAUCAAAGGGCCAAAAUUCAAGAUGCCAACAAUAUCAGGACCGAAGAUCUCCAUGCCUGAUAUGGACUUCAAUCUGAAAGGUCCCAAGAUGAAGGGAGAUGUUGAUAUGUCAGGAGAACUUAAAGCACCCAAAGUAGACAUUGAAGGUCCAGAUCUUGAAAUUGAAGGUCCAGAUGGAAAAAUCAAAGGACCAAAAUUCAAGAUGCCAUCAAUUUCAGGACCGAAGAUCUCCAUGCCCGAUGUGGACUUCAAUCUGAAAGGUCCAAAGAUGAAAGGAGAUUUCGAUGUGUCAGGGCCCAAGAUAGAAGGAGACCUCAAAGCACCCAAAGUAGACAUAGAGGGGCCAGAUCUUGACAUUGAAGGUUCAGGAGGUUUUAAGAUGCCAAAGAUGAAGAUGCCGUCUUUUGGAAUCAAAGGUCCUAAAGUGGAGGGUCCAGAUGUUGAUGUUAACCUGCCAAAAGCUGAUAUAGACAUCAAAGCACCAAAAGUGGACAUUAAAGGUCCAGAACUUGACAUUGAAGGCCCUGAUGGUAAAAUCAAAGGGCCGAAAUUCAAGAUGCCGUCAAUGUCAGGACCAAAGAUCUCCAUGCCUGAUGUGGACUUCAACCUGAAAGGUCCAAAGAUGAAGGGAGAUGUUGAUAUGUCAGGAGACCUCAAAGCACCCAAAGUAGACAUUGAAGGUCCAGAUGUUGACAUCGAAGGUUCAGGAGGAUUUAAGAUGCCAAAGAUGAAGAUGCCAUCAUUUGGAUUCAAAGGACCCAAACUGGAGGGGCCAGAUGUUGAUAUCAACCUUCCUAAAGCUGACAUUGAUAUUAAGGGGCCCAACGUUGACAUCAAAGGUCCAGAACUGGACAUUGAAGGCCCAGAUGGUAAAAUCAAAGGACCGAAAUUCAAGAUGCCUUCAAUGUCAGGACCAAAUAUCUCCAUGCCUGAUGUGGACUUCAACCUGAAAGGUCCAAAGAUGAAGGGAGAUGUUGAUAUGUCAGGAGACCUCAAAGCACCCAAAGUAGACAUUAAAGGUCCAGAUGUUGACAUCGAAGGUUCAGGAGGAUUUAAGAUGCCAAAGAUGAAAAUGCCAUCCUUUGGAUUCAAAGGACCUAACCUGGAGGGUCCGGAUGUCGAUCUCAACUUACCUAAAGCUGACAUUAAUGUUGAAGGUCCAGAAAUUGACAUUGAAGGGUAUGAUGGUAAAAUCAGAGGGCCAAAAUUCAAAAUGCCUUCAAUGUCAGGACCAAAGAUAUCAAUGCCAGAUAUGGAUUUCAACCUGAAAGGUCCAAAGGUAAAGGGAGAUUUUGAUGUGUCAGUCCCCAAGAUCGAAGGAGACCUCAAAGCACCCAAAGUAGACAUUGAAGGUCCAGAUGUUGACAUUGAAGGUUCAGGAGGAUUUAAGAUGCCAAAGAUGAAGAUGCCAUCAUUUGGAUUCAAAGGACCCAAACUGGAGGGGCCAGAUGUUGAUAUCAACCUUCCUAAAGCUGACAUUGAUAUUAAGGGGCCCAACGUUGACAUCAAAGGUCCAGAACUGGACAUUGAAGGCCCAGAUGGUAAAAUCAAAGGGCCGAAAUUCAAGAUGCCUUCCAUAUCAGGACCAAAGAUCUCCAUGCCUGAUGUGGACUUCAACCUGAAAGGUCCAAAGAUGAAGGGAGAUGUUGAUAUGUCAGGAGACCUCAAAGCACCCAAAGUAGACAUUAAAGGUCCAGAUGUUGACAUCGAAGGUUCAGGAGGAUUUAAGAUGCCAAAGAUGAAAAUGCCAUCCUUUGGAUUCAAAGGACCUAACCUGGAGGGUCCGGAUGUCGAUCUCAACCUACCUAAAGCUGACAUUAAUGUUGAAGGUCCAGAAAUUGACAUUGAAGGGUAUGAUGGUAAAAUCAGAGGGCCAAAAUUCAAGAUGCCUUCAAUGUCAGGACCAAAGAUAUCAAUGCCAGAUAUGGAUUUCAACCUGAAAGGUCCAAAGGUAAAGGGAGAUUUUGAUGUGUCAGUCCCCAAGAUCGAAGGAGACCUCAAAGCACCCAAAGUAGACAUUGAAGGUCCAGAUGUUGACAUCGAAGGUUCAGGAGGAUUUAAGAUGCCAAAGAUGAAGAUGCCAUCAUUUGGAUUCAAAGGACCCAAACUGGAGGGGCCAGAUGUUGAUAUCAACCUUCCUAAAGCUGACAUUGAUAUUAAGGGGCCCAACGUUGACAUCAAAGGUCCAGAACUGGACAUUGAAGGCCCAGAUGGUAAAAUCAAAGGGCCGAAAUUCAAGAUGCCUUCCAUAUCAGGACCAAAGAUCUCCAUGCCUGAUGUGGACUUCAACCUGAAAGGUCCAAAGAUGAAGGGAGAUGUUGAUAUGUCAGGAGACCUCAAAGCACCCAAAGUAGACAUUAAAGGUCCAGAUGUUGACAUCGAAGGUUCAGGAGGAUUUAAGAUGCCAAAGAUGAAAAUGCCAUCCUUUGGAUUCAAAGGACCUAACCUGGAGGGUCCGGAUGUCGAUCUCAACUUACCUAAAGCUGACAUUAAUGUUGAAGGUCCAGAAAUUGACAUUGAAGGGUAUGAUGGUAAAAUCAGAGGGCCAAAAUUCAAGAUGCCUUCAAUGUCAGGACCAAAGAUAUCAAUGCCAGAUAUGGAUUUCAACCUGAAAGGUCCAAAGGUAAAGGGAGAUUUUGAUGUGUCAGUCCCCAAGAUCGAAGGAGACCUCAAAGCACCCAAAGUAGACAUUGAAGGUCCAGAUGUUGACAUCGAAGGUUCAGGAGGAUUUAAGAUGCCAAAGAUGAAAAUGCCAUCCUUUGGAUUCAAAGGACCUAACCUGGAGGGUCCGGAUGUCGAUCUCAACCUACCUAAAGCUGACAUUAAUGUUGAAGGUCCAGAAAUUGACAUUGAAGGGUAUGAUGGUAAAAUCAGAGGGCCAAAAUUCAAGAUGCCUUCAAUGUCAGGACCAAAGAUAUCAAUGCCAGAUAUGGAUUUCAACCUGAAAGGUCCAAAGGUAAAGGGAGAUUUUGAUGUGUCAGUCCCCAAGAUCGAAGGAGACCUCAAAGCACCCAAAGUAGACAUUGAAGGUCCAGAUGUUGACAUUGAAGGUUCAGGAGGAUUUAAGAUGCCAAAGAUGAAGAUGCCAUCAUUUGGAUUCAAAGGACCCAAACUGGAGGGGCCAGAUGUUGAUAUCAACCUUCCUAAAGCUGACAUUGAUAUUAAGGGGCCCAACGUUGACAUCAAAGGUCCAGAACUGGACAUUGAAGGCCCAGAUGGUAAAAUCAAAGGGCCGAAAUUCAAGAUGCCUUCCAUAUCAGGACCAAAGAUCUCCAUGCCUGAUGUGGACUUCAACCUGAAAGGUCCAAAGAUGAAGGGAGAUGUUGAUAUGUCAGGAGACCUCAAAGCACCCAAAGUAGACAUUAAAGGUCCAGAUGUUGACAUCGAAGGUUCAGGAGGAUUUAAGAUGCCAAAGAUGAAAAUGCCAUCCUUUGGAUUCAAAGGACCUAACCUGGAGGGUCCGGAUGUCGAUCUCAACUUACCUAAAGCUGACAUUAAUGUUGAAGGUCCAGAAAUUGACAUUGAAGGGUAUGAUGGUAAAAUCAGAGGGCCAAAAUUCAAGAUGCCUUCAAUGUCAGGACCAAAGAUAUCAAUGCCAGAUAUGGAUUUCAACCUGAAAGGUCCAAAGGUAAAGGGAGAUUUUGAUGUGUCAGUCCCCAAGAUCGAAGGAGACCUCAAAGCACCCAAAGUAGAUAUCGAAGGUCCAGAUGUUGAAGGUUCAGGAGGAUUUAAGAUGCCAAAGAUGAAGAUGCCAUCAUUUGGAUUCAGAGGACCUAAACUGGAGGGUCCAGAUGUGGAUCUUAACCUACCUCAAGCUGAUAUUGACAUCAUGGUACCUAGUGUUGACAUUUCACGUACAGAUCUCGACAUCAGAGGUCCCGAUGCAAAGUUUUCAGGUGGUUCCCUUGAUAUGGGAAGUCCCAGUUUCAGUUUUGAAAAACCAGACAUCAAGUUUCCAAAGUUCAAAGGUCCCAUGUUUGGUAUUAAGUCCCCAGAAGUUGAAGGUCCUGAACUGAAUAUUUCUCACAGAACGAUUGAUGUGAAAGCACCUGAGGUUGACAUUAACCUUGGGGAUGCAAAUAUCAAAGAACCUAAAUUCAAUGCACCAAAGAUCCAUAUGGGAGGAAAGAGCCCCAAAUUAGAUGUUCAUUUGCCAGAGGUUGACAGUAGUCUAGAAGUCCCUGAUGUUGAUGUUCUGGUCAAAGGAAAGAAAGGCAAAUUCAAACUGCCCAAAAUCAAAGGGAAAGCAAAGAAACCUGAUGUCGAUAUUGACCUUGAAACAUCAGGUGUAGAUUUAGAUGUUGACUCUCCUGAGCUUCACCUGAAAGGAGCAAAAGUAAAGAAACCCUUCUUUGGAAAACUUCAUUUCCCCGAUGUGGAAUUUGAUAUAAAAUCUCCCAAAGUUAAAGGUGACUUGUCAUCUGGGAGCCUACAAGCCAACACUGGGGGCCCAGAUGUAAACGUGGAAGUCCCAGAUGUCAAAACUAAGUCUAACAUGAAAUUUCCAGGGAUGAAAAUCAAAGGGCCCCAGGUAAAUGUCCCUGAUGUUGACGUAAAUGUGAACGGGCAAAAUCUGAAAGGAGAGGCAAGCCUCUCAGGAGGUUUUAAAGGUCCUAAGACAGAUAUCGGAGGAGGAGUAGAAGUAGACUCAAAUGUUUCAGGAUUCAGUGGACUACAUUUCCCAGAGGGACACGUAUCAUUCCCCAAAAUCAGUGUUCCAAAGUACCAUGGACCAGAGAUGGGAGUAGAUGUUGAUGCAAGGUUAGAAGCAGGGGCAGGAGCAGGGUUAGCAGUGGGGGGUGAGAAGGUUGAUGUGCAGACUCCUUCGGUUAUUGGUAGAGUUAGUUCUCCGAGCCUGGAGUUGCACGGCCCAGACGUGAAGAACAGUGGUGGUAAAGUGAAUGUGAAGAUGCCAAGGUUCGGUUUUGGCAAGUCAAAAGCAAAGGGAGGUAGUGCAGCAGAUAUUAGCUUUCAGGGGCCGGACGCAGAACUGGGAGCCGGUGGCGGCGUUAAGGGCUCCAAAGAGUUGAGUUUAAGUCAUGGGGAGUUAGUAAGUGGCAAGUUGUCUGUAGAGGGAGGAUCUGGGCAUAGUGUGUCCCCUAAGAGCAAGUCAGCCUCACUGGAUCUUUUUAAGAAAUCAAGGCAUCGGUCUUCCUCUGUGGCGAGUGACGAGGGAGAUCUGGCUGUGUCUUCCCCCUCAAGUCACUUAAGUGCUGAGGGUUGCGACAUCUCUGUUGAUGUUGGGGGGGCCAAGGUGAAAGGAAAGAAGAGCAAGUCAAAGUUUGGCACCUUUGGUGGUUUUGGCUCAAAGUCGACGGGCUCAUAUGAAGUGACACUGGGUGAAGAUAAUGAAGAGAGAGUAGAGGGAAGUGGUGGUGUAUCUCUCCCCUCUAAAAAGUCGAGAAUCGCCUCAUCUUCCAGCAGUGACAGUGGGUCUAGAGGUGGUUUCCAUUUCCCAAAACUUGACUUUUCUAUGUCACCAAAGAAAUGAAUGAAUUGUUUAGGCUAAUUAUAAACUCUCUCGUAUACUACCCAAUUAUCUUCUCCAUAUACACAACAGCCCUAUCUGCUCAAGAAUUUAAAACUUGACAGAUGAGUUCACAUCUCAUCUCAAUGUAACAUUACGUGUGUGUUAUUCCCUUUGGACUUUCUCCACACAUUUUACUUAUUACAUAUGGGGGUACAUGACAUUGUUCAGACUUCAAUUUAACUGUAAAUAAGAUGAAUCUGUAUUGUAAUAUUAAGUAUUGUCUUUUGUACAUAGCCAAAAUUUAUUGAGCAUAAAUCUCACCAAAUUUAUACCAAUAGUGCCUCACAUGUUUAGUCCCAUUGUUGUAUUGCAUUCUGUUAAAAUGCAUUUUGUCAAGAUUAGGUAUUUUUAUAUCCAGGGUUCUAUUGCACAAAAAAAUAGUAUAGCUUCAAUUGUUAUUUUUAAGAAAAGUAUGUUUAUACACACAGACACACAGCAAAAAAACAACAACCUCAAUAACUACUUUUCGUUUUUUAUGUAUGAAAUUAUUUACUUUUGUUUUUGAAACUUUGGAUAUGUACUUGUUGCAGAAGCUUAUUUACUCAACAUAAAGCCGUCCCUGUAUACCAAUGCAGUUAGAGACCAUAAUUGCAAAUAAAAACAAUGUUUCUGUUUACUAAUAAAUUCUAUCUACUGUUGUUAUUCAUCUUUGAGAGAAAGCAGGCAUUUUUUGUAUCUUUUUUUUUUUACAUCCAAUUUGAUUAUUACAAUUUGUCCCUUUUCGCUUCAAAACCUUUCAUUUGAAUUCUGCCAAAA